GAAUGUGUCGUCAAGGGCAUUUCAACAUUGAAUCCAGUCUUUUAAAGAAACUAUCCUAAAAGAGUCUUUCUGAGAAAACACAACAAGAAAAAUGUCGAGCAACCAGAGCGCAACCGAAAAAGCCCAAAACCUGGCAUCCCAAACCUACGCCAAAGCCGUCGAAACGGGCCAAUCCGCCAAAUCCACCGCCCAAGAAACGAUCGAAACAACCGCAGACCGUGUCCAAAACUCUAGUGCAAAAGCAGCUUACGACCGUGCUUCGAACCGCGCAUACGAAGCCACAGAAGCCGUUACAGAAAAAGCCGGUCAAGCAGCCCAGAAAGCUAAAGAAGGUGUUCAAGAGACUGCUAGGCCCUUCCAGGGGGCAACGGGAACAUUGGCGUCGCAUGCCGGACAAGCUUACAAUGAGGCCGCCGAGCACCCCACUGCUGGGAUUUCCAAAGUCGCUGAUUCGGCUGUGGGAUUGACGGCUCAAGCUAUCGAUACUGGUGUGCAAGCUACCGCUGCUACCGUUGGGAGUGCAAGGGGAGUUGCUGGGACUGUGGUGGGAGCUGCCGCGGAUGUGGCGGGUAAGGUUGUGAAUACGGCUGCCAAUGUUGCUGGGGCUGCUGUUGGGGCUGGGGUUGGUGUCACGAGUGCAACGUUUGAUGCUGCCAAGAAUGUUGUCGGGUUGGGUGGAAAGAAGGAGGAAGGGGAGGAAAAGCAUUAGGUGUGCUGGCCAGGAAUGGGAUUUAGGUAUAUUUUGAUGGUGGUGGCAUAUUUGGUUUAGGAGUAUACGUAUGGUGUGAGAAGUAGCGUGGUUCAACGAUUCUAAUUGCCAGGUGUGUGGUGCGUUUGUAAAUACAUAUUUUGCAGUAUCCGC